ACAAGAAAGAGAGAGAGAGAAGGAGGGAGAGGGAGGGCGAGAGCGAAAGAGAAGGAAACAAACGGAGAGAGAAACCUCAAUUAGUUUCCUAAGUCUUUCCAGAGGCUAAUUAAGUCAAUCGUGUUUUCUUUUUAAAUUUGAUUUGAAACUCACCAGCACCAAGGAAAGGGAGAAAACCUGAUCUUUUUUUGUGUCCAAAAUAUAAUAUAACUAGUUUUUUAAUACUUGCAGAGAAAACUUUUACUUUUCUAAGUGGAUUAAUUUUUUUUUAAGCUUUAAUUUUGAAACAAGAAGAGAUGUGGAAAGACAACUUAACAUUGUUUGAGACCAUGAUGUACGGGCAUUCCCUGUGCACAGAGUGGAACAAUGGCACAGAAGGCGCAAUAUACCAGUUGGGGAAUAUCAUCUUCACACUGGGCUACAUGGGGGGCAGCGGGGUGUUCGGUACCAUUUACAUCUACAGCCUGCUGGCUCCUGGCUUCUUGUGCUAUGCCUUGUGGGGCUGGUUAGAGGCUUGUGGGGCAGACAUUUUCUCCUGGAGUCUCUUCCUGCUGCUCCUCUGUCUCCUGCAGUUGGUUCACCUGGUCUACCGGCUGCGUAAGGACAUCUUUGAGGAGGAGUUUGACAGCCUUUACAAGUGCAUCUACCUGCCCCUGGAGGUGCCCAUCCCUGUCUUCAAGGAGAUUGUGAAGGGUUGUGAAAGCCAGGCCUUGUUCCUGGCAAAGGACCAGAACUACGCCGUGGAAGGGAAGACCCCCAUCGACAAGCUCUCCUUCCUUCUCUCGGGGAGGAUCCGGGUUUCCUUGGAAGGCCAGUUUCUCCACUAUAUUUUCCCAUACCAGUUUAUUGACUCUCCAGAGUGGGAGUCUCUGCGACCCACAGAAGAGGGCAUUUUCCAGGUGACCUUGACGGCAGAGACAGACUGUCGCUACAUAACCUGGAGGAGACGAAAACUCUACCUCUUACUGUCCAGAGAGCGAUACAUUGCUCGCCUUUUCUCUGUCAUGCUGGGGAAUGACAUCACUGACAAGCUCUACUCCCUCAAUGACAAGCUAUUUGUCAAGAGUGGCAUCCGCUUUGACAUUCGCCUGCCCAGCCUUUACCAUGUCCUGGCCCCUUCCAGUAGCGAUACAGAUUGUGAGAAGGGCCACGAGCAAGGAGAUGCCAUCACGCCAGACGAACAAAUGACACUGCCACUGUCUACGUCUAGAAAGGCAGCUGCUCCCCUGCCCCAUUCUAGCAAUCCAUCCCAGGACCACUGGCUGACAGACACCGAGCUGCCUGCUGGUGAAAGGCCACCAGGAAGCUUUCCAAACCGUUUUCAGAGAAGACGGGCUCCUCUGGCUCCUAAUGAAACCCCGGAGCUAUGAGACCCACCAACCCGACCAAGACACGCAGAUGGACGUCUGCUUUUACUGAGGGCAGAAGAGUUGCACAACCUCACAAAUCAUUUCCACAGUAUCUCAACAUCAAUGAGCUUUAACUGCACCCCUGCACAGUUGUCUCUAAUUCUUCAGUUUAAUUUACUUGAAGAACUA